UCUCCCCUGAUUACAACAGUCGCUUUAUUCGUGGCGCAGAUUGUCGGUCGUCAGUUGCCACCACCCGGCCGCCACCAUGUGACGCCUUACUGUGCGCGCGCGCGCGCGCUCUGGCAUUCUCUUCUUUUCUUCCUCCUCCUCCUCCUCACAUCACAGCUUAGCUGUGGUGGGUGGCGUGGUGCAGCUCACAGUUCACAGCUCACUCCGCUUCCACUUCGCUCUCGCUCUUCCAGCUCGCUGUGUUGUUCGAUCGUUUCUGCCACCGCCGGCGCCCGGCCAUGGCGUGCCGCGGGCGGAGGGUGGCGGUCGUAAUGAUGCUCGCGCUUCUUUUGCUCUGCUUCUUCCACGCUGCCGUCUGUGCUUCUGCUUCGCCGGCGGUGGCGUCGCGCAAGGCGAAUUUGUCCGGCAGGAAGGGUGGUUUGGCGGCGGCGGCGACUGCGGAGAGAGCACUGCCACUGAAGAAGAGGAUGGUGGCGGCGGCGGCCAAGGAUCAGAGUGGAGUGCUUAAACAUGGCAAGAAACUCAGCUCCGGUGAUGUCCCCACCGCCAAAACUGCCACGACCAAGACUCCGGCGACGGCCAACACCAAGCUUCUGAAGGAGGACAAGGCGGCGAAGCUCACCAAGAUCGGCACCAAGAAGUCGCCGGAGUACAUGGCGAAUACCAAGACCAAGAAAGCAUUCGAGUCCAAUGCCGUUGAUGUAAUGAAGAUUGAGGAAUCGAGGAAAUCGGCGGAGGAGGUGGCGGCGACGUUGGCGGAACAGGACGGAGCGGAGGACCUGAUCUCGGAGUUCCGGGAGCUGCCGGCGCGGCUGCAGGAGACGCUCGUGCCGGACCUGGCGCGGCUGUCGUCGACGUCCAGGGCGUACCUGUCGGCGGCGAACGCCGGCAUCGCCGACGGGGUGCGGCCGCUGCUGGGCGGGCGGUGGGCGCCCGUGGCGGCGACCGCGGCGUCGGCGGCGGUCCUGCUGCUGCCGCUGUGCCUGCUCGCGGCGCUGGUGCGGCGUGUCGGCGCGUACCUCCCGCUCCUCCGCCGCGCGCUGCUGCUGGCGCAGGCGUACCUCGCCAUCUACUUCGCGACGCUCGCCGUGGCCGCCGCGGCCACGGGGCUGGAGCCGCUCCGGUUCUUCCACGCGGCGUCGCCCGCCGCGUACGCGUGGACGCAGGCGGCGCAGUCGCUCGGGUACGUCGCCUACCUCGUGCUCCAGAUGGUGGACCUCGUCGCCGCGUUCUCCUCCUCCCCCGGCGGCGGCGCCGGCGCCGGGGAGGACGCGUCGCUGUCGUCCAGGGCGCUGUCGCUGGCGCAGAUGAUGGUGGGGCUCGCCGUCGGGCUGCACUACUACGCCGCGGUGUUCCACCGCGCCGCCGCCGGCGAGGCGCCGCGCGCCACGUGGCGCGUCCACGCGGUGUACGCGGCGUGCUUCGUGGUGGUGUGCGCGUUCGCGCGCGCCGAGAGGAGGAAGAAGGCCUACCUCGCCGGCGCCGCCGAGCCGUGGAAGAAGAGCUGACGACGACUCAUCGUUGCUUUGCACAGUGAUCUGAAAAAAAAAACAUUUGCAAUGUAAAUUUCACUCUUUUUUUAUCUUAUUUUGUUACUCACUGGUAUCUUUCCUGGUACAGACGAUGAAAAUGGAGCAAACAUAAGAGUGCAAUUGGUGUAAAGUGUAAACAGCAAUGUUAAUUACUAGGAGUGAUAUUAGCAGAGGUAAAAUUUGCCAGUAAUUUGGUACUGAAAAUGUACUCUCCAAAGUCAAAACUUGUAAUCUCCACACAAAAACUUUCUGCAUUACACUUGGUUGUUUCACCUGCUUGUGUGAUGGUGUAAUAGAUUAUUAGUAGUUAAUGAUAGUGAUAAUGCAGAUUUCUCAGUUAUGCAC